CGCUCGGCGGGCUGCGCGGCGGCUCGGGGCGGGCGCUUCCUGCCCGCGCCAGAGGGGCCCGCAGGUAGCGGCGGCCGCAGCUCGGCCGCGCCAUGCGCGACUACGAGGAGGUGACCGCCUUCCUGGGCGAGUGGGGCCGCUUCCAGCGGCUCGUCUUCUUCCUCCUCAGCGCCAGCAUCGUCCCCAACGGCUUCAACGGCCUCUCCAUCGUCUUCCUCGCCGGCACCCCCGAGCACCGGUGCGCCGUGCCCCGCGGGGCCAACCUGAGCGGCGAGUGGCGCAACGCCAGCAUCCCGCUGGAGCUGCGGGGCGGGCGGGCGGCGCCGAGCCGCUGCCGCCGCUACCGCCUGGCCGCGCUGGCCAACUUCUCGGCGCUGGGGCUGCGGCCCGGCUCCGACGUGGAGCUGGGGUCGCUGGAGCAGGAGCCGUGCCUGGACGGCUGGGAGUACAGCCGCGAUGUCUACCGCUCCACCAUCGUCACCGAGUGGAAUCUCGUCUGUGACAACGACUGGAAGGGACCCCUGAGCACCUCCCUGUUCUUUGUGGGCGUCCUGCUCGGAUCUUUCUUAUCAGGACAGCUCUCAGACAAGUUUGGAAGGAAGAAGGUGCUGUUUGCAACUCUGGCAAUGCAGACUGGCUUCAGCUUCAUACAGGUCUUCUCUACCAGCUGGGAGAUGUUUUCAGUGUUCUUUGUGCUGGUCGGCAUGGGACAGAUAUCUAACUACGUGGCAGCAUUUGUUCUUGGCACAGAAAUUCUUGGCAAAUCAAUUCGUGUGCUGUUCUGCACGCUAGGCGUUUGCAUCUUUUAUGCAUUUGGCUACAUGUUGCUGCCGCUGUUCGCUUACUUCAUCAGAGACUGGCGGAUGCUGCUGCUGGCGCUCACUUUACCUGGGCUGCUCUGCAUCCCGCUCUGGUGGGUCAUUCCAGAAUCUCCACGGUGGCUGAUCUCCCAGGGAAGAUUUCAAGAGGCAGAAGACAUCAUCCAAAAGGCUGCAAAAACUAAUGGCAUUACAGCCCCAGAUGUGAUACUUGACCCUAGUGAGCUGCAAGAUUUGAAUUCCCAGAAGCAGCAGACGUACACCAUUUUGGAUCUAAUGAAAACCCGAAAUAUCCUAACUAUCACAAUUAUGUCAGUGAUUCUUUGGAUGAUAAUCUCUGUUGGUUAUUUUGGACUUUCUCUUGACACACCUAACUUGCACGGAGAUGUCUAUGUGAACUGCUUCCUCUCGGCAGUGAUUGAAGUGCCGGCCUACGUUAUUUCCUGGCUGCUGCUUCGAAAUCUCCCUCGACGGUAUUCAAUGGCUGCUGCGUUGUUCUUGGGAGGCUGUGUUCUUCUCUUCAUUCAGCUGGUGCCUUCACAUAUUCGUGCGCUAUCUAUUCUACUGGUGAUGUUAGGGAAAUUUGGGAUCACAUCUGCCUUUUCAAUGGUUUAUGUUUACACGGCUGAGCUCUACCCAACAGUAGUGAGAAACAUGGGAGUUGGAGCAAGUUCCAUGGCCUCUAGACUGGGCAGCAUCCUCUCUCCUUACUUCGUUUACCUCGGUGCCUAUGAUCGAUUCCUGCCUUACAUCCUGAUGGGGAGCCUGACUGUGCUAUCAGGAAUUCUGACUUUAUUUCUGCCAGAAAGCUACGGUAUGCCUCUUCCGGACACAAUUGAGCAAAUGCUGUUGGUGAAAGGAUUAGAAUACAGGCCUGCGUCUAGUAGCACAAGGGAUUCCAAGGAGGAAGAAGAAAAUCCAGAGAUUUUUAAAAGCACGGCUUUUUGAUGGAACGCCUGUGUACUUCCUGGGGGACUGAAAGUUAAAUGGACUUCUCUUCUAAUAUUCGUUCUAGAAAGGGCUAGUGGCAACACUUUGUCUCCUGUAAUUUUAACCUUAUUUAUUAAUUUAAACACUGUGUUCCGUACUUUCUCUUUUUAUAUGAACAUAAAUACUGUAUAGCCUUCAAUGAGAUUUUUCAGUCACAGCUGUUUUAAUGCAGUAGUACCAUGGAACAGUGUCUGAUCAGUCCUUUGUAACUUUAAGUGUAUAGUUCAGCUGAAAGAUACUUGAAAAUGAGUUCAAGGGCUGGCAGGGGUACCUGGAUUCCUCAGUGAACCUUCUCCAGAGCUAAUGCACAUCAAGAAGUAAAAAUUGCCAGAAGAAGCUGCUAAUUGGUUUUGAUUCCUUGACUUCUGUCUCUGGACAGGAAACUUAUUUAUUAUAGUGAAGGUUAUGAGAACAUGCCUCUCUGCGAUCUUACUCAGAUGACUUUGCACGUGCUGAAUUUGUUACCAAAUUCAGAAAGAUGCAAAGAAAGAUUUUGAUAAUUAAUUCUAACUUGAUAUGUUUUAACUCAACAUAGAUUGAAAGGGUUGUCUUGCACAAAGUAUUUGUAGCACUGAAGUUUUGCUCACAAAAUUCACUUGAUUCCAGUGCUGGUUUUCAACUGUACCUGUAUGGUGACGUUGUUUACAUCUGACCCUGGAUGUGGCCUGCUUCCAGGCCGUAUUUAUUUUAAAUGAUGCAGAAGGUUUCAUCUGUGUGUGGAGGGAGCGGUGUUAGUUUGGGGUUCUUCCCUUUUGAUGUGUGGUGAAAGUUUUAUGUCUAAAUUGUUUUAACGUCUUCUGUGCGAUUUGGAUGACUGAAACAAUUCUCCUGUCUUUGUUCUGUGCUUUUCACACACUUGCACGUACACACGCACACAAUUAAUAUAUUUAGAGAUAAAUUUUUGCGUUUAAUCUAUGCCACUGCAUUGACCUCAUGGUGGAAUGUACUGAGAACAAAAUUCAGAAUAUAUUUCUGACUGCUGGUUCUCGAUUCUCAAGUGCCAACUGUAUGAUUGCUGUGAGGUCUGUUAUGUCCCUUAACUCAUGUAAUCAGUGAAUUGUUUUCAAAUUGUUUUUAAAAAAAAAAAAUCUUGUUGACCAUCUGCCAAGAAAUUGUUCCUUGGGUCGUGGAAGCACCCUUGGCAUUACCUGUGUUUCUUUAAAUAUAUGCAAUAUAUACAUACACCCAGUCUCGUUUGUGCUAUUCUGAUUAUACUUUGACAGAUGUGAGUGGUGAAAGAUUUCUCUCUUGUGGCACUUGUUCGUGUUUUGUUCUGUCUUGUGAAGACUUAAGAAACAGAACCUAAACCUUUGCAGCCAGAGCUGUUAGGGGCCGUACUUUCUGCUGUGGCAGCCAGUCAUGGAAGUUUUGCAUUUUCCUACUGUAUUCCAGUCUUUCGUUAACCAAUACCCCAUAUUCUGUUCUUCGUAACCGGCUCCAGUAGUCGGACUGAUGUGUGCCCUCCAGACUGCUUGUCAUAGAAUCAAGAAAGUAGAAAACGCUGUAUAGACUGUAGUGGUUUGUUUUGUUUAAACUCUUCCUACCAGUGUCUUGAGCUUUAGGGUUUGCUCUGCUUUUCCUGCAUUUUCUGCCCUACUUGUUUAGUAUUUUAAUUUCUGGAUGUAGCAGGAAGCUGGCCAAUGUUACCGGGUCAGAGAAUGAGACCGAGAAACAUAGUUUUGUUGUACCGUCAGUUCUUCCGAGGAGAGAAAUCCGAAUGUUUGGGCAGGUUCAGCGUCACUCCUGUUUAAUAGGUUGACAGGCCCUUGGCAGGCGGGUUUAAAAUGCGGUGUGUGAUUUGAAGCUAGUGCAAAAAUUGAGAAUCUGGAUUUUGCAAGCCUCACUGCACAUCGUAUAAUAGCCUUGACAUGAGCAAAUACAUGUCAGGAGAGUGCACGUAACAGCCAGUCUCCCUUGCCCAAAAGACAUGAUACAAUUUUUCAGCCUUACCACCUUUUUUGAAAUAUUCAUUGCAAACACAAGAGUAUGUUCUAAAACUUGGUACAGAUAUUUUUCUUGGUAAACCUUAUUUCUAGGAACUGGAACAUUUAGAAGCAGCUGCUUUUCAGUGUGUUACAGAAGAAUUAUCUGAUAACCGCAGGAAUCUGAGGCAAAGCACGUUUAGCUGCAGCUUCCUUGUAAUGAAUUUGCCAAUGUAAACAACCAUGUCCCAUAAGUCUCUUCCUGUAAACUGUUUCAGAAAAUAUCCUGAAAUGUAAGAUACGUGCUUGCCUGAUACGUGAUCUAGUAUGGAAAUUCCUGUCCUAAAGUGCAGAGUCCACUUAACGUCUGAUUUAGCUGUAAUUUCUUAUCCACUGUUUUAUCCAGGUAUGUGCCUUGACAGUGAGACUUUUGUUCUUGAAUAUUUAAAUACU